UUGUGAUUCCGUUCUUGGUUUUCUUUUAGCCUCAUUCAUCUCUCCUCCUCUCUACCCUUCUCUGAAUUAUGGAUUUGUUUGCUCUCUUUCAUCUUCGUUUUCUCUUUGUCGUUUCGGAUCCAUGAAAGAUCGCUCCUUUUUCAGUGUUUCGUUUGGAAUUUCCAAUAAUACUUUGGUUCUCGUGUUUUGGUUGCUGUUCUUCUUGUGACCGAUUGAAUUUUGAUGAAUCUUUCCCGUCUCAGUUUUCUCUGUUCGUGGGAUUUCGAAUACCUUGUAGUUUGAGGAAACCGACAUCUUUCUUGUGCUUCUCUGCUGCAACCCUGUUGGUCUUGGUCUCUACACGAUGAUGUUAUUCUUACACUUACUUUUUACUGUCCUGAUAGAUUGUUGGAUUACUAUCCUCCGUUUUUGGUUCUGCGUCUCAGUGUCCUGCUCUACGUUGCAAAGAUAACUUCUUCCGUCAUGUGGGGAUUGUUCAUGAUUUUAUUAACAUCUUUCCUUUGACUCUGACGUAUGGUUACAUUGGCUUCUUUGUUACAUUGUUCUCCUCUUUUCGUUCAAAGUUCCAGAAGAAUGGGAGACCAUCUUGCUUUGUUAGUGGACCACCUGCUCACCGAGUCAACGCUUGAAGCGGCUAUUGGUAGUCGGAAGCAUGGCCAGAUUGUCGCCAAUUCGGCAUCUUUGGAGGACCCGGCCAAAGAAUUCACUCGGAAGAGUCACGUCAGAGGAAGGACAUCCGUGGGAAAGUUGGUCGAGUGCCGAAUUUGUCAAGAAGAAGAUGAAGACUGCAACAUGGAGAUCCCUUGUUCAUGUUGUGGCAGCUUGAAGUAUGCUCAUCGUAAGUGUGUUCAAAGAUGGUGUAACGAGAAGGGCGACACAGUGUGUGAGAUUUGCCUGCAGCAAUUUAAGCCAGGUUAUACUGCCCCUCCAAAGUUGUUUCAGUAUGGGAGUAUUCCUAUGAACUUCAGAGGCAAUUGGGAGAUUACCAGACAGGAUCAGCAUGAUUCUCAGAUCAUAGCACUGGUUCCAUCUGAACAUGAUAUCGUGCACCCUGAUGACGAUGAUUAUUCAGCUUUAGGCAUGAGAAACACAGUUUGUCGUCAGUCAAUUGUGAUAAUAUUCACGGUUCUUUUGGUUCUUCCCCACACUCUUCCUCUUAUGAUCGGUGUAGCUGAGCAGUAUUCAUUCACUCUGUUCUCACCCAUUUUUAUUUGUACGUUUCUGUAUAAAAGCUACUGGUGUUGCGGACUGCUGGAAUACUUUUGCCGAUCUUUGUAAUGGUCAGAACAAUAAGGACAUUUCACCAGUUCCGCUGCCGACGGGUAACUCGUGAAAUAUCUGAUCCAGCUGAAGGAGAGAACAUGAUCGAACCUUGGCGGCUGGUGCGGUCUCAACCACAUCACAUUCAGAUGCACUGACUGAUACAAAGGAGCGAUGAUUAGCAGCGCGAGUGACUAAUCCCACUGUUUCUUGGUGAUGCAAGAUCAGGUCAAACAAUGGAAGAUGAGAAGAGGAAAAAUGACUGGGAACAUGGCAUGGUUAUGCAGUCUGCUGCUCUGUACAUAACAUGGUAGUGAUAGGUUUCCCUUCGGAAUGCUUGAAAACGGUAGCCAUAGUUGGAUCCCUCUAUAGAAAGCCACUCGCUUCAGAAAGCUUGAAGAUGAAGUGGCUGAAUUGAGAGUAGUGAUAUGGAUGGCAUGGUGUAAAGUCGAACUCAUUUGGCAGUCAAAAGAAGAUUCAAGUUUGACUUUAAAUGCCAAUGUUAGAACAGCUUGGAUUUUCUUUUUA